GGCGCCUUCUGGAAAUCGUCUGGGUGUACUUACUAGAUCUGCAGCCAGCUUCUCUUUGGACAAGGAUUAUCAACGCAAUUUGGAUUCUUUGGUGACGUUUGAUAAUGCCUGGGUCAAGAAAGGGACAUGGCACAUUGGAAGCAGACAAAAAAGUAAGUCACGAUGAGUUGCCUGUUAAUUGUAAUGAUAUGUUUGAUGCUCAGCAUGUUAAGUUUGAUGUUCACGCCUCACCGUUAAGUGACAGUAAGGGUUUAAGAUUGCCUAAGUUUGAACCGAGAUACUUCGAUGGAAACCCAGCCGACUACCCACAGUUCAUCAAAGAGUUUGAGGUCAUGCUGAGUGGUUUUGUAUUGAAUGAUGAAAUGAAGUUAAUGUAUUUGUUGAGAUAUUGCACUGGUGUAGCUGCAAGAGCCAUACAGUGCUGCAAGUUUAUGCCCCCGAACGAAGGAUAUACUGAGGCCAUGAAGAUACUACGUCAAAGGUUUGGAAAACCAUAUAUGAUAUCCCGUAGUAUUUUCGAGACAGUGAAAGGUAACGGAUCACAGUUAAACGAUAAUGCAGAGGAACUUGCAGAGUUCUUGGAUAAUUUGAUGGUAUAUAGAAAUACACUCAUGUCUUUUAACUGCGUAGAUGAAUUGAACUCAAGUUCCGUGCUUGAAACUGUUGCUAAGAGAUUACCUGUUCGUCUACAAAGGAAGUUCAUAAAGGUUUGUUCACGUCUAGAGGAGGAAGGUUUAGAGCCUAGGUUGGAUGACCUUGUGAGCCUGUUGAAAGACAGUGUCAACCAAGCUUUGAGCAAGUUUGCUAGUAUACUGCAUCCCUCCCCUGGAAUAGAGAAAUCAGAGAGCAAAAUGCAAUCAUUUAUGACGAAGGGGUCUCAGCGUAGUGGAUAUCGAGAAAGCUGUAUGGUGUCUAGUAAACCUAAUGGUUGUGACAGCUUUAGUGAGACGUCCCCAACGGAUAAGUUACAAGCUGCGAGACAAACACGGUUGUGCUUCGUCCGUUUGCAAGAAGUGCAUACAAAGGCGAACUGUGAAUCAACGAGCAAGUUUAGUUGCAAGCUAAAUGUGAAGUCAGCGUCAUCGUGUUCUGACUCCGAAUUGUGUAACGCUAAUGGUGUGGUGAAGAAGCCUGUUGUCGUAACUGGUAAUCCAUUGUUGAAAAGAGUGUCUCAGACGACACCGCAGUUUGUGCAUAAGAAUAGGGUUACAGUUUCAGUGUCCAGUUCUGACUCCACAAGUUUACAAGGUAUUACUAGUCAGAGUAAAGGAAUAAAACCUUUAAAGAUUCAUGAAGAAGAACCUAAGUCAUCUACGGUUGUUACUAAAGAGUUUGAAAAGGAUGAAGCCAAUCAUACAGACGGUGGUAAAGUGGGUAUUUGUGACAAUGGUCACGAUAGUUCACAUUUGUCUUUGGCUGAUCAUGAUGAGAUUAGCGGAAUGCCUACUACUACUGAGUUGAACGAAGGUUCUGUACAACUUGAACGUGAAGUAGAAUUAAAGACAGAUGCGGUUGCUGCAGAUAUGGAUACUCGUGAGGCCGUCAGUGUAAAUGAUUCGCGUGUAGUCAACCUAUUGACAGAUGUUAAUGCAGAACUGGAGCCAAUAAUGAAAGAUGGCAGUGAUGGUAAUCCUGUGGUUAGACAACCUCCUAAAGGUCUAACAACAACAGCCUCUGAUACACCGCUAAGUUCAUUAACUGGUGUCAGCCAGUCGUCGUUGGUGUUGGCAUAUGCAGUAAAAGAGCCGUCCAUGAAUCAUCGUGUCUUAUGCAGUGAUUAUGCUAGUGUCGGUCCGUUCGAAGGGACGAAAGUCAAUGGCCAGUUUAGUGACGAUAAGCCAACUGUGUACAGGGUGGUAACUGUUAGACUGACUUGCACGAAUAAAGGCAUUUCAGGUUUCAAACUACUAUUUGAAUGUUAUUAUCUUUGGUGCAAAUUACUGUGUACAUUCGCUUGGUUGGUCAGAUACGUCGUAUGUUUGUUAGUCAUCUACCUUCCACGAUACAAUGUCAUGGGCGUGUUACCAUUCAGAGUCGAGGAUAUAGAUGAUGGAAGGAGGUCAGCAAAUGAGCUCAACGACGAUUUUCCAACUUAAGGGCGUAAACCUGAGAAGGGUUGUAGGCGUACUGCUGUAAGUCCUACAAUUCUUCAAGGGUAGUACGUCAAAGAGCAGUCCAUCGUACUUGGUGUAUUAUUUUGUACAUAUGUUCAUGUUGUAUAUAAUCAAUUGGUAUCAUCACUCUUCUAUCUGUUGAUUAAUUUUGUUUGUAUCCGGACGUCUUCCACUUGGAUCGUCAACCUGAGAAGGAAUGUAGGCGUACUGCUGUAAGUCCUACAGUUCUUCAAGGGUAGCUCGUCAAGGCAGAAUCCGCGAUAUUUGAUGUAUUGAUUGUACAUAUGUUUGUGUUGAGUAAUUCAAUGGGUUCCGAUUCAUCUGAUUGUCGGUUAAUUUUAUAGUUGUCGCAUUGUGUGAAUCAUCUUGUAAUGUUUUUGUAAGUACUUCUGAAUUCGCUUCUAAACUUGUGAACGAAUUGAGUAGAAUCAAAGUCAGCGUACGCGAUUGGAUACGCCGGGGAGAGGAUUGGGCUAGAGCGGAAUAAAGCAAUCGAUACUUUGUGAACGAGAUCAGUGGUGGUAUUGUCGUCAGAGAGCGUAGACCCCAUGCGCCGUUGAGAGCGUGUCGGUGUGAUGUGGUAUGUUUGCUGUGUGUUGGGCUUUUUUGUCUUGCUUUUCCAAUUUUAGCCUAGUCCCGAUUGGCCCAGGUUCCCGCAUUGGCAGUUCAGUUCAAGGUUACCGCCGCUGUGGAAAAAAGGGAUGGACCCUUUUUUGCCGGGGAGUGUCAAUGGAAGUGAACAUUGAACGUUUGUUUUAUUGGAACUGGCAACCAUUAGCGGGCAAUUCAAGGCGCGAAUGAAACGAUCGCUUGCAAGUUGAACGAAGACUGGAUUUAAAUACGAAUAAAAACUUUGUAGUUUUCUUCAAUUUAAUUGCCAAACAAUAUAAUUUCGUUCGAGGAAUAUUGGUGUUUUGGAUUUAAAGUUGAAGAAAUACAUAGUGUUUAUCGGUUCAAUCGCUUAAGUCUUCGUUACAAUAGGAACUUAGGGCUAAGUUCCUUGACAGUUUUUAUUCGUUUGUUCGUCUUCGGGAACAGUUUUCAUUCUUCGUGGGCGCCUUCUGGAAAUCGUCUGGGUGUACUUACUAGAUCUGCAGCCAGCUUCUCUUUGGACAAGGAUUAUCAACGCAAUUUGGAUUCUUUGGUGACGUUUGAUAAUGCCUGGGUCAAGAAAGGGACAUGGCACAUUGGAAGCAGACAAAAAAGUAAGUCACGAUGAGUUGCCUGUUAAUUGUAAUGAUAUGUUUGAUGCUCAGCAUGUUAAGUUUGAUGUUCACGCCUCACCGUUAAGUGACAGUAAGGGUUUAAGAUUGCCUAAGUUUGAACCGAGAUACUUCGAUGGAAACCCAGCCGACUACCCACAGUUCAUCAAAGAGUUUGAGGUCAUGCUGAGUGGUUUUGUAUUGAAUGAUGAAAUGAAGUUAAUGUAUUUGUUGAGAUAUUGCACUGGUGUAGCUGCAAGAGCCAUACAGUGCUGCAAGUUUAUGCCCCCGAACGAAGGAUAUACUGAGGCCAUGAAGAUACUACGUCAAAGGUUUGGAAAACCAUAUAUGAUAUCCCGUAGUAUUUUCGAGACAGUGAAAGGUAACGGAUCACAGUUAAACGAUAAUGCAGAGGAACUUGCAGAGUUCUUGGAUAAUUUGAUGGUAUAUAGAAAUACACUCAUGUCUUUUAACUGCGUAGAUGAAUUGAACUCAAGUUCCGUGCUUGAAACUGUUGCCAAGAGAUUACCUGUUCGUCUACAAAGGAAGUUCAUAAAGGUUUGUUCACGUCUAGAGGAGGAAGGUUUAGAGCCUAGGUUGGAUGACCUUGUGAGCCUGUUGAAAGACAGUGUCAACCAAGCUUUGAGCAAGUUUGCUAGUAUACUGCAUCCCUCCCCUGGAAUAGAGAAAUCAGAGAGCAAAAUGCAAUCAUUUAUGACGAAGGGGUCUCAGCGUAGUGGAUAUCGAGAAAGCUGUAUGGUGUCUAGUAAACCUAAUGGUUGUGACAGCUUUAGUGAGACGUCCCCAACGGAUAAGUUACAAGCUGCGAGACAAACACGGUUGUGCUUCGUCCGUUUGCAAGAAGUGCAUACAAAGGCGAACUGUGAAUCAACGAGCAAGUUUAGUUGCAAGCUAAAUGUGAAGUCAGCGUCAUCGUGUUCUGACUCCGAAUUGUGUAACGCUAAUGGUGUGGUGAAGAAGCCUGUUGUCGUAACUGGUAAUCCAUUGUUGAAAAGAGUGUCUCAGACGACACCGCAGUUUGUGCAUAAGAAUAGGGUUACAGUUUCAGUGUCCAGUUCUGACUCCACAAGUUUACAAGGUAUUACUAGUCAGAGUAAAGGAAUAAAACCUUUAAAGAUUCAUGAAGAAGAACCUAAGUCAUCUACGGUUGUUACUAAAGAGUUUGAAAAGGAUGAAGCCAAUCAUACAGACGGUGGUAAAGUGGGUAUUUGUGACAAUGGUCACGAUAGUUCACAUUUGUCUUUGGCUGAUCAUGAUGAGAUUAGCGGAAUGCCUACUACUACUGAGUUGAACGAAGGUUCUGUACAACUUGAACGUGAAGUAGAAUUAAAGACAGAUGCGGUUGCUGCAGAUAUGGAUACUCGUGAGGCCGUCAGUGUAAAUGAUUCGCGUGUAGUCAACCUAUUGACAGAUGUUAAUGCAGAACUGGAGCCAAUAAUGAAAGAUGGCAGUGAUGGUAAUCCUGUGGUUAGACAACCUCCUAAAGGUCUAACAACAACAGCCUCUGAU